AUGGUUUCAAAUGCCAAAGCUCUGGAAAUAUUCCAAUACGCGAACACAGUUGUGGCUACCGUUUGUACAUUCUUGCUUCAUGGAUACAUAAUACAUCGUAUAAAAUCCAACCGUGCCUCUCUUACGCACUAUCAAAAUUUUUUGAUUGCACAAUCUGUAAUAUAUAUCUGUGGUUCAGUACUUACAAUUGUCAUAAAUGAGCGAUUUACUCUUGAUAAUGAGCGGCAGACUGGUUAUCCAUUCAUUGUCGUGCCCAUGUGGUUAACCACUGUAAUAAUGGUCCUUUCCGUCAUGGUGCAAACCGCAGAAAGCAUCUUGCUUACCCUUUUUAACGUUCAUCGGCUUUUACUCUUUAUAAGACCUAAAAAGAGUAAACUAUUCUUCAUUCUGAUAUCUCCUGUGGCUUUCUCCUCUACGGCAUUCACCGGAGUUGCGAUCGUUGUUUUUAAAGAAGUGCUCUACACCUUUUUUAAUGUUUUCUAUUUCGUCAUUCUUUCGAUUAUGUGCAUAUGCUAUUUCAUACUACGCCGUCACUUUCGACUGAACUAUUACUCUCAUGCAAUUUUAAGGGCACAGAACAAGUUGUCAAGAGGUUUGCUAGUGCAGAUUUUCGUCCAAACAGUCGCACUGUCGAUGAUCGGUGUCGUACCAGGAUUAUUUUUCAUGACUCCGCAAUAUGACCUGAAGGAAGGCAUCUUCAUCACUCUAUAUAUGGUGGUCUGUUCUUCGAUGAUCUUCUAA